AUGUCCGGCCGUUCAUACGGUGAUUUGCCCAUUCGAGGCGGCCGUGGUGGUGGUGAUCGAAGUGGCUCCCGAGGCCGCGGCGAUGGAGGCUCGAGUAGCCGUGGCAGUGACCGCGGUUAUAGCGGAGAUCGAGGUCGUGGCAGUGAUCGUGGAGGUGGUCGUGGUGGACGUGGUUCGUCUGGCGUGCCCGAGGGGCCUAGCAGCAUGUUGACCGACCCAGUUGAACCCCCGAGCUCCCGUGUUCAAGCCUUUGAAGACAGGUACGUCGCAGAGGCAUCGAAGGCUCGGGAAGUCGUCAAGUCUUUGGCUCGGCGUCCUGGUUAUGGCACCCAAGGUCGUGCGAUUGUGCUCCGUGCUAACUUCUUCCCCAUGGAAUUCAAACCGGGCAUCAAGUUCCACUCCUAUCGACUCAAGAUCAAGCCUGAUGUGAAGAAAGGACAGCAAAAGUUCAUCCUUGAGAGUAUGCUCCGCAAGUAUGCUCCAUUCAAAAAUAUGGGCGUCGCCACUGAUGGAGCCACUGAGGUUGUUACGACCGAGCUACUCCCCGAUGAUAUACCGCCGUUCAUGUGUUCCGCGAGCGAUGGAAAUGGAAGUGGAAGUGGAAGUUCCUAUAACGGACCUUGGGCAGCCACUUUGAACCAUGACAGCUCUUAUUCCCCAGAUGACAUCCUUGCGGCCAUUGAGAACGUCAACUGUCGAGAGGAAAUUGACAAUGAAGCUCCCAGUCUCCGAGUACUGAAUAUCCUUAUGAGUGCUCAUCCCUUCAAAGAUGCUGGCAUCUGCAUCAUCGGCAAGGGCCGAAAUAAAUUCUUCCGGAUGGACCGUCGAAAGCAAUCAAUGGAGAUGACGGAUUCCGCGGAAGCCGCUCGUGGUUACUACUCAAGUGUACGAGUUUGUGCUGGACGAAUCAUGCUCAAUUUGAAUGUUAGUCACGGUGCAUUCUUCGUUCCAGGUCCAUUGAGUCGUCUAACAAACGAAUUUGUCGACAAUCACGGAAAGGAUAGGGACCUUUUGCACCGGUGGGUGAGGGGCUUGAAAGUCUACGCCAUGCAUCUACGAACUCGUGAGAACGGAGCUGGUGUGCAGGAAAGACCUAUCAAGUGCAUUCUCGGACUUGCCACUCCUAGGGAUGGACGCGGGAGCUCGAACCCGGUCCACCCCCCAAUCGUUCCGCGUGUUGGAUCUUCUCCCGCAAAUGUGAAGUUUUGGAUGGGAGAUGACAAGAAGGGUGAUUACAUGAGUGUUGCCGAUUACUUCAAAAAAACUUACAAUAUCACACUGAAAUGGCCCGAUAGUAUGCCGGUUGUGAACGUUGGAACUCGAGAGCGUCCGAUUUACCUUCCUAUGGAGGUUUGCGAAGUCAUCCCCGGGCAACCAUACAAGCCCGAGCCAUCGAUGAUCCAACGACAGAAUAUGAUCAAGUUCAGUUGCCGACGACCUCCCCAGAACUAUGACUCCAUUAUGAAUGAGGGAUUGGAUAUCAUGGGAAUCUCUGGAGGACAUACCAAGGUGGUAGGGAUCAAGCCCGGCAACGAAAUGGUCACUGUCCCAGCACGGAUUUUAAAUGCCCCAAAUCUGCUCUAUGGCAGCAAAAAGACCGCCAGCCCUCGAAACGGCUCGUGGAAUUUGAUCAACACUAAGUUUGCCCAGGGAGCUCAGAUUGGCAAAUGGACCUGUCUUGUGAUUCGGAAGAAAAAUGUUAAUGACGGUCUCGCAAAUGCUGAUGGCGCGAUGGACGCUUUUUACAGGAAACUACGUGACCAUGGCCUGUCGCUUCCAGCGCCCUCUAAGCCGUAUGCAUCGGUCCUUCUCGAUAAAGAUGAGAAGGAAAACCGGGAGAUUCUCAAGGAGCCAUUCAAGAAGUUCGCGGGAGUGUACCCCUUCGUGGUUGUUUUGCUUCCUAACACAGAUGGCAAAAUCUUCGAUUUCGUCAAGUAUGCUGGAGAUAUCAAGACUGGUGUCCUUACGCAUUGCAUGCAAUCCUCAAAGUUCGCAAAAGCCAAUGAACAGUAUCUGAGCAACAACGCCAUGAAGGUAAAUCUCAAGAUGGGAGGAUGCAAUCAACUACUGCAGCCGUCGAAUGCACGCUUCAUUGGCACCGGGAAGAAUACCAUGGUCGUCGGUUUGGAUGUUACUCAUCCCUCGAGCGUGGACCCAGAAGUCUUCCCCAGUGUUGCUGCCAUCGUUGCCUCUACUGAUUAUCGCAUGGGACAAUGGCCUGGCGAGGUUCGGGCGCAGACACGCCGCCAGGAGCACAUUGAAUUCCUCAUGGAGAUGAUGGUGACCCGGCUGAGAUUGUGGAAAGAUACCAACAAUGGCAACCUUCCUCAAAACAUUCUCGUGUACCGUGACGGUGUUAGCGAUGGUCAAUUCAAUAUGGUUCUCGCAGAGGAACUCCCAAAGAUCCAGGCUGCUGCUAAAACCAUAUACCGUGGAAGCAUGCCCAACAUCACUAUCGUGGUCUGUGGAAAGCGGCACAAUGUGCGCUUCUACCCUACUAAUUCCAGGGACCAAGACAAAACAUCCAACCCAAUCAAUGGCACUGUCGUCGACCGCGGAGUCACUCGUCCUAUUUAUUGGGACUUCUAUCUGCAGGCCCAGGCUCCUCUUCAGGGUUCUGCUCGACCAGCUCACUACAUUGUUAUCCAUGAUGAGAUUUUCACAAACUCGAAGGUCAAUACGGACCGCAAGCCAGCUGACGUACUGCAGGAAAUUACCCACAACAUUUGUUACAUGAUGGGCCGCGCUACUCGCUCGAUCAGUUACAGCACACCUGCCUUCCUGGCCGAUAAAUUCUGUGACCGUGCCCGGAAAUAUCUGCUGGCUCACUACCAUAAUAAUAAUGAGAAUAUCGGCAAAAUGGAGGAGUUCCAAGGUGCUACCCUAGCUAUGGCGCGCGCAUGCCAGAACAACAUGGUCUACAUCUAA